CAGCAUCACCCUUUCAUUACCUUGUGCCCAUUACCAGCACAACCCCAGCCAAAACACGAAUGAUGAUAUCAAUCAACUCCUCAUCCACAUCCCGGUCGAAGGAUCCCCCCUUCUUCUUCCUCUUGCUUGUGAAAAAGCUUGUCUUUGUGUGAAUUCCAGAAUUCCAGGAUCUCCCCCAACACUACCAACUCCUCCCAUUGUUCUCCCCGAGUAUAUGCCUCUUGUCAAUUGCCGCCCUUAAAAAGCCUCACCGCAACAUGCGGCGGUCGAUACUAGGUCGGAUUCCGUCCAUUCCCUCUCGUCAACUACUACUACAACAACAAUGGGGGAGUAGUCGCCCCGACCUGUCCGGCUUCCCUGCUGCGCCGUCAAUAGGACUUUUUACGGUACCAGCGGGCGACCCAGGGCGGCGACAGUUCCAGACCGCAGCGCCGCGGCGGGCGCACUACAACACGAGCACGAGUGCUGGAGUGCUUGCUGCCCCGACGGCGGGGCAAACCCGGUGGUUCAGCAGCCUCGACGCUCGUCUACAACAGUCCAAAGGUCCGAAGCAAGAACUCGAGCGGUUGGAGAUCAAGGAUGCGAAGCCGGAGGAGGACGAGGAAGGCGUUUGUUCGUCCCAGGCCCCGAAGGGUGGUGAGGACAAACUUGGCCAGGCGAUGACAAAGGGUAAACUGUUGACGACGCCGUCAAGAUUGUUUAAGCUGCUUCUCCCGUUGUCGACCAAAUACCACCGUGAUCAUAAGGACAUCGAACCAAUCGCGUUCCUCAUCCACCCUCAGCAACCUCUUUCGCACCUGGAACGCCUCAUCCAAGCCGAGAUCCCGCCCAUCAAGACGAAGGACGGACAAGCUCGCGCCCCGUCCGUCUCCUUCAUCGCGCUCCAGCUCGAGGACAACCCGAUCCGGCCGCGGAAAGCCCUCUACGAGGGGACCGAGGCAGAGGUGCGCAAGUUGGAGGAACUCGGGCAGGUCAAAGAGGAGAAGAAGCCCUCGGACGACGACACCUACACGUACCUGCGCCGCAGCGAGCCCGGCGGCGGCAAGAAGUCCAUGGAGCAUCGCUUCGUGCGGUGGUCGCAGUCCACCGAGGUGGGCGACUUCAUCCGCGAUGCCGCGCGCGCGCGGGAGUUCGUCGUCUCGGUCGAAGGCGCGCCGGCGGGUCAGCACCAGAUCCACGUGGCGGUGCCCUCGUUCAACGAGCGCACGCAUUUCCUGCGCAUGCGGCUGCGGAAGAUCUCCGACCGCAUCAAGAACAUCGCGGACAUCAAGCAUGAAUGUGAUGCAUUGGCGCACCGCGGGGCCCAGCGCGUGGCCAUGGGCGGAUUCGGCGUGCUGGCGUUCUGGUGGUGUCUGGUGUACAAACUCACCUUCGAGACCGACCUGGGCUGGGACACGAUGGAGCCCGUCACCUACCUGGUCAGUUUGUCCACGCUGAUGGGUGGUUAUCUGUGGUUCCUCUACCACAACCGGGAAAUCUCGUACCGGUCUGCCCUCGACUUCACCAUCAAUGCGCGCCAGAAGAAGCUCUACGAGAGGAAAGGGGUAGAUUUGCAGUUGUGGGAGUCGCUGAUCGAUGAGGGCAAUUCGCUCCGCAAGGAGAUCAAGUCGAUUGCGGCCGAGUACGACGAGGACUGGGACGAGCUGAAGGAUGAGCGUGACCAGCGCGUGACGGAAGCUUUGAAGCAGGAGCGCGCUCAGAAGAACGGCUCUCGACAGAAUGACAAUGAUACAGACGAUUAAAUCGAUUGGCAGGGGAAUUCGAAACAUCUUUUCUAGACUACCGCUCUCCUCGUCUUUCGAACCUGAUCAUCUCUUCCAACUUAUCGCUCACUCUGCAUCACUUUCGCUAACGGAUCAGCAUCAACCUUGAGCACUUUCACCCGUUCCGCACUGGAUCAUAAUAUUCUUUCUUGCCCGAGACGCCACUGUUCGUCUGACUCUGCGGUUGUGGUUGUCUCUGUGGCGACUUUGAGCGACCUAGACAUUCUGUUAAUAUUCGUUUGUUUUUCUGGUUUGCUUGUGUACAGGAUAAAAUGUAUAUAAUUUGACUCCGCACAUAAACAUGGACUGUAUGUAUACUUCCAA